AAUUGAAGCUUCACAUUCAAUAAUUUGUGUAUCAAGAUGUCUAAUGUGUCGUUCGGAUUACAAAGUUUUGUGUUCAUAAUUUCUUUGGUCAUUGUUCUAUCUGCCGAUGGUUUUACAAUAUACCUCGAUGGUGGUGGGGAAUUUAAAACCUUAGGAAAGGAUCUGGCUGCGCUCAAAGAUGACGUAAAAGAAUUAAGGCAAUCUUUAAAUUUAAGAUUAGAUAGCAUAGAGAAGAAAAUUAACGGCCUAACUACUCUGAUGAAUAACUUGAGCAAAGACUUGCAAACAAUGAAGGAUAAUGCAAGGGGUUCAGGAAAGGCUUGCACUGUGAAAAUGGCAAACGAGCGGAAUCUUAAAUUAUAAAUUGAAAUUAAUAAUUGUUUAUACGAAAGUUAUUAACUUCGGAAAUUAUUUAUUUAUAUAUAAAAGAAGAUCUACGCUUUUUUUCAAAGAGCAAAACAUAAAAAGUGUAAGUGCGGCUGGAAUAAUUUUUUUAUGUGAACGAUUAUUGCAUGCAUUAAUUCUUCUAAUAGAGUGUUGCCAGUUAUUUGUAAUUCAAAAGAAUUGAUUAUAAGCUUAAUUGUGUAUUCCACGUGAAAGAAGAUAUAAAAGAAAGAAAUUAAUAUAAAAGAUUUAAUUAAAUUACAAAUUUUUUGCAAUUGUUAAAAUAUGAACAUGAGCUAAAAAGGAAUAUUUCUGAGUGAUGUUGCCACCGAAUUUUUAACGAAAACAUAUAAUUUGAUUCGAAAAAUUAUUUAGAAUAUUGAAAUAUGGGCCAAAAAUAUUGUUGAAUGGUGUUGCCACUUAAUUUUUAACGGAAAUAUAAUUUGUUUAUAAAAUAGAUUUCAAAUAAUGAAAAACGGGCAAUAAAAAAAGUUGCGUUAGAGAACAUUCAACCAAAAAUAAUUUUAGGUGAUGUUGCCACUUAAUUGUUUCAGGAAAAAUAUAAACUAAUUGUAAAAUUUAUUUAAAAUACUAAAAUAUGGGCAACAAAUAAAAGUUGCUUGAGAGAACGUUAAUUCAAAAAUGUUUUUGAAUAAUGUUGCCACAUAAUUUUUAACAGAAAAAUAUAAAUAAACUAUGAAACUGAUUUCAAAUAUUGGAAUAUGGGCAAGAAAGAAAAGUUGCUUGAAAAAACGUUAAUUCAAAAAUAUUUUUGGGAGACGCUGCCACCUUAUUUUUAACGGAAAAAGGUAAACUAAUUGCAAAAUAGAUUUCAAAUAUUGAAUUAUAGGCAACAAACAAAAGUUGCUUGAGAGAAAAGUAAUCCAGAAAUAUUUUUGAAUGGUGUUGCCACGUAAUUUUUAACAGAAAAAUAUAAAUUAACUAUGAAACUGAUUUCAAAUAUUGGAAUACGGCAAACAACAAAACAUGCUUGAGAAAACGUUAAUACAAAAAUAUUUUUGGGAGACGCUGCCACCCUAUUUGUAACGGAAAAAUAUAAAUUGGUUCUAAAAUUGAUUUGAAAUAUUGGAAUAUGGGCAUCAAACAAAAGGUACUUCAGAGAACAUUAAUCUAAAAAUAUUUUCGAAUGAUGUGGCCACUUAAUUUUAAAGGUGAAAUAUAAAUUAAUUGCUAAAUUGAUUUGAAAUUAUGGCAAAUAAGCAACAACCCAAAUGUGUUUGAAAGAGCAAUAAUUCAAAAAUAUUUUCGAGUGAUGUUGCCACUUAGUUUUAACAGAAAAAUAUAAUUUGAUUAUGAAAUUGAUUUGAAAUAAUGAAAAACGGAAAAAUGUUGCGCCAGAGCACAUUCAUCCAAAAAUAAUUUUAGAUGAUAUUGCCACUUAAUUUGUACCGCAAAAAUAUAAAUUAAUUGUAAAAUUUAUUUCAAAUACGAGGAUAUAGGCAACAAACAAAAGCUGCUUGAGAGAACGUUAAUUCAAAAAUGUUUUUGAAUGGUGUUGCCACAUAAUUUUUAACAGAAAAAUAUAAACUAACUAUAAAACUGAUUUCAAAUAUUGGAAUACGGUCAACAAAUAAAAGUUGCUUGAGAAAACGUUAAUUCAAAAAUGUUUUUGAAGGGUGUUGCCACUUAAUUUUUAACAUAAAAAUAUAAAUUAGCUAUGAAACUGAUUUCAAAUAUUGGAAUACGGCAACAAACAAAAGUUGCUUGAGAGAAAAUUAAUCCAGAAAUAUUGUUAAAUGGUGUUGCCACUUAAUUUUUAACUGAAAAAUAUAAUUUGAUUAUAAAAUUGAUUGCAAAUAAUGAGAACCGGACAAUAAAAAAAAUGUGUCAGAGAAGAUUCAUCCAAAAUAUUUUUGGGUGAUGCUGCCACUUAAUUUUUACCUCACAAAUAUAAAUUAA